CGCCCCAUGCCAUCAUCAAUCAGGCCCUAACUAACAAGCCAACGACAACGACCACCACUUCUCUUGUCUCGUCUCUGCCCCCAGCCCCCUGCGCUCCACAGCUCAAACUAGUGUUCACUUUCAUUUCCCUCCGACAGCGGCGACGAAAAGGGAAUCCGAAAGCUGACAUAUAGCGGGCGCAGUCGGCGAGGUCAUCCGAAGCAUCACUUGAAGCCAAGAACAAUGGGUUUCUUUUCGUUCCUCGGUAGAGUCCUCUUCGCCUCCCUCUUCAUCCUCUCCGCCUGGCAAAUGUACUCUCCCUCUCUUUCUGUUCAUUUUUCAGAUCUAUUGUUCGUCGAUUCUCUUUUGGAUUAUGAUCUGGAUCGCCCUGUUUCAAUUCUUCUUGAAAUGUUGAAUUUGUUUCCAUAUGUGGUGUACUGUUGCAUUUAAGGGAUUCAGGGGAUUCUCGUUUGUUUACAUCGUUUCCCCUUUUCUAGAAAUAGGAAUGAACGCAUAUUUGUCAUUACCUGGAACAGCUGACGAUCCUCAGCUGGGGUUGGUUCUUUAGGCUCUCUUUUUCACUCGCCUGCUUAGAUUAUUGUUGUGGCCUCUGUAGUGGCGAUAUCUGGUUAAUUUGUUUCUGAAAAGCUAGUGUAUCAAUGUGAAAUCGUGCCAUGAUCGUGAUGGCUUGCAACAUUCCGAUUUGAUCUCAAAGGUUGGAUCUUGGAAACUGAAUGGUUGUGACCCAUAUUGAUUUCAGUGGUCAUAAUCUGUCUUUGUUUCUUCGAUGUGAUCUGGUGUUCUGAUAUCUGCAAGUGUGGUAGUCAAUUUAGAUGUGAAACUAGAGAGCCUAGCUUGGUUUAUGUUUGUACUGGAUUUGCUAACUCAGCUGUUGCUUAAUCUACUAGUGCCUUGGUAAUGUGAAUCAGUUUGAGUUUUCGAAACGUCUCCUAUUUGGAUUGUCGUGGGUUUGAAGAAUGACAUUUUGGGGUGUGUAUUUUACCGGAUUAGGUUCAAUGAAUUUGGGGAAGAUGGUGGCCCUGCUGCUCAAGAAUACAUGUCGAAGCUUUCCGUGGUGAAGCACCAUCUUGCAACUACAUUGGCUGUCAAAAUGCCAGAUAUUGAUGCUAGGCACGUUGUUGCUGUUAACAUGGUUCUCAAGGGGCUCGGAGGCUUCCUCUUUGUGUUUGGUACACCAUUUGGUGCUUAUCUCUUGAUAUUCUACUUGGCUGUUAAUGCCCCAAUUCUCUACGACUUCUACAACUACCGUAGGGGCGAGAUUGAGUACUUGAUUCUCUUGAAUGAGUUCUUGCAGAGUGUAGCUCUUUUUGGCGCAUUGCUGAUCUUCGUGGGGAUGAAGAACUUUAUCCCGAGGAGACAGAUCAAGAAGAAGGCAGCUCCCAAGGCCAAAGUUGGUUAAGGCACACAUCAAGAAACUCAUCGUAUCUGAAGCUCCUGAACAUUAUAUUUAGAAGAUUAGAGUGCCUGUAGUUCUUUGGUUAUUUUUUGUGCUCUUCUCUGAUUUCCACACAUUGUAGGCUUUUUCAGUCAUUCUCCAGCAGACUCAAGAACAAUAGUGUCUCUCUUUUCCUAACGAGAAUGCAUAAUUUUUUUGAACCCCAGAUAACUUAUCAUUGCCAAUGUACUUGCAUCUUUCUGUAACCCAGAUAACUAAUAAUUAUCCUUUCAAACAAAUACAAUCACGAG